UGGAGAAACCGGGACAGCCGAGCAAAUCAGCUGUAAAAAUGUAUUGGCAAACCGGGCUUAUCAAAUCCUUAUUAGAUCCUACUAAUUUAAUUAUAACAACAGACGUAGCUGUUGUAAUAGCCGAUAAAUACCCAAAGGCGCGCCAUCACUACCUCGUGCUGCCCAAGGAGGAUAUUGCUAGCAUUUUUCAGUUAAGCAAGAAACAUUUGCCAUUGCUGGAGGAGCUGCAUCUGCUGGCCCGCAAUAUCAUUGAAAUACGCGGCGAAAGUUAUGAGAGUUUUCAAAUUGGUUUCCAUGCACAGCCGAGCAUGCAACGUUUGCAUUUGCACGUCAUUUCAAAGGAUUUUGUCUCAAGCUGCUUAAAGACAAAAAAACACUGGAAUAGCUUCAAUACGUCGCUCUUUAUAACAUACGAAACACUUUAUGCACAACUAAGCAACGAAGGCCACAUACAACGUUUGCCCAAAGAUAUAGUCGACGAGCUGCUUGCGAAGCCCUUAACAUGCAAUCAGUGCGCGUUUGUUGCCAAAAACAUGCCAUUGCUCAAGGAACACUUACAGGAACACUGAAGCCUGUAAACAAAGUA